UCUUGGUCGACACCCACCUAGUGGAUUCACUGCGGUGCACAGGCAGCCCAAUCAGAGCCAACUGGUGCUGGGCUGACUGGAGGAGGGCUGGGAUCUUUUUUAUUUUUAAUGGUGUUUUUUCUCACAACAACGUUCUCUGUUGCAUUUUAAACUGCUGCUUUGCACAAAAGGGAAAGCAAGAGGCUAAAGAGCAGGGGGAGAGGGGAGGCCCCUCUCAAGACAGCAGCUUAAUUCAGUCAGUUGUGUUGAGGAGGAGAAGAGGAUGCAGACGUGAAGAGGAAGAGGAGCAGCACUCCCCCGACACCUGCUUAAACCAGCCAUCCUUGUCUGGGUUUGGGGUUUUUUUCUGUCUCCUCUCUGGUGAUUUUUUCCUUCAUUCUGUCUGAGCCGCCCGGUUGUUUUCCUCCACCAUCUCUGGCACCUGGAACAAAGGCUGCUACGACGUUUUGUCUUUUUCUUUUCUUUCUGUUUUCCAUCUCUGCUGUUGAUCUUUUUCCUUUUGAAAGCUGAGUCAUCAUGUCUGAUCUGACGCCUCAGAGUGAGACCCCGACUCCCACUACAGACAAAAUCACCCAGGCCGCUCGGGAAACAAUCUAUCUGUGCAACUUUCGCGUUUCUGUCGACGGCGAGUGGCUUUGCCUCCGGGAGCUCAACGACAUCUCGCUCACUCCGGACCCUGAGCCGGCCCAUGAAGAUCCCAAAGACCCGAUUGCCAUUGAAAGGCUUAACUUGAUGAACAUGGCCAAACUUAGCAUCAAGGGCCUGAUCGAGUCGGCGCUGAAUCUUGGACGCACGCUUGACUCGGACUACGCACCCCUCCAGCAGUUCUUUGUUGUCAUGGAGCACUGUCUUAAACAUGGACUAAAAAGUAAGAAGACCUUCUUGGGACAGAACAAGUCGUUCUGGGGGCCGUUGGAGCUGGUGGAGAAGCUGACUCCUGAGGCUGGAGAGAUUACUGCCAGUGUCAAAGACCUGCCCGGGUUAAGAACUCCUUUAGGAAGAGGACGAGCCUGGUUACGUCUGGCUUUGAUGCAGAAGAAGCUCUCAGACUACAUGAAGACCAUCAUUAACAGGAAGGACCUGCUCGGUGAGUUUUACGAGCCGAAUGCUCUGAUGAUGGAGGAGGAGGGCGCCGUCAUCGCAGGGCUGCUUGUUGGGCUGAACGUCAUCGACGCCAAUCUAUGCAUGAAGGGGGAGGACUUAGACUCGCAGGUCGGCGUCAUAGACUUUUCAAUGUACCUAAAAGAUGGAGGACACAGCAGCAAGAGUGCAGAGGGUGACGGUCAGAUCACUGCAAUCCUCGAUCAGAAGAAUUAUGUGGAGGAACUAAACAGACACUUGAGCGCGUCAGUAAAUAACCUCCAGGCCAAAGUGGAUGCCCUUGAAAAAUCCAACACGAAGCUGACAGAGGAGCUCGCAGUGGCAAACAACAGGAUCAUCACUUUACAAGAGGAUGUGGAGAGGGUUAAAGAAGAGAGCUCAUAUCAGCUGGAGUCCAGGAAGUUAUCAACAGCGGACGGAGUGCUUGGUGAAACCCGGAAGCAGCUCAAAGAGGAAACUCAGCUUCGACUGGACGUGGAGCGAGAGCUGGAGGUGCAGAUCGGGAUGAAGCAGGAGAUGGAGCUGUCCAUGAAGAUGCUGGAGAAGGACAUCUGUGAGAAGCAGGACGCUCUGGUGGAGCUCCGACAGCAGCUGGAAGACCUUCGUGCCAUUAACCAACAGCUCAGCCACAAGUCACAGAGUGCAGACGCCAGCUCAAAACAGAAGAGUGAAGCCAUCACUCGGCUGGAGGAGAAAAUCAACCAGAUGUCUGGAACCAUAAAGCAGCUGGAGAACAGAUGCAAACAGACCGAGAGGGAGCGGGAUCUGGCUCUAGAAGCCAACCGGCUCUUCAAGCAGGACUUUGGAGACAAAAUUGAGAGUCUGCAGGUGGAGUUGGAGCAGCUGCUGAAACAAAGAUCUUCUCUUGAGAUGGAGCUGAGGAGAGAACGAGAGCUAAAUCGGGAACUUCAUCUCAGCGCUGCUGCCAGAGCUUCUGCUUCUGCUCCAAGGAAGACCAAACAUCCAGAGAGUCCUUCAAAGAUUCUUUCAGAAUCUAUACCGACCAAAAGGGAGACGGAGCAAUCACAGAGUGAACAGGAGGAGAAAACCAGCCUGGGCUCCAGUUUGUCAUUGUCACAUACAGAAGACGAGCAGGAAGUGACACGUCCAGAGAACACUCAGCCCAACACUGAGCCGUACGUCUGUACCCUGUGUAAAGAGGAUGACUCCCUCCUGAGGACAAAGACACAAUGCAGGAACUGCUUGAAUGUGUUCUGUGAGAGCUGCGUCUGCCACGAGCUGCCGCUGCCUUCCUCCAUCCUCCCAGAGAAGGUCUGCGCCUCCUGCUACCCGCGGUUACUGCAGCAGUACGCAUCCACCCCAACAUGAGCAGCCGCGCAUUCAUCGGGAGGCAUUCAAACCGGCACUGCAGGAAGCACUUUUUCACUUCAUGGCCAGAAACGUCAUGAAGGAUCCUUUAAGCUCCUUGGGGGAUUUUUUUUAAGACGUUCAAAUAUCUGUUAGCGAGAGCCUCACAUAUGCAGGUUUUUAUCACCGUUAAACAGAACUGAUGCCAUAUCCUCUUUUGGUGGCUUUAUGCUAAACUUAAACAUUCGGCACUUUCAUAGCCGAUAAAGGCUGGACUUGAAAUAAAGUCAACAUUUAAAUCUCAUUAAUUUAAUUACUUUCUACUUUAUAUUAAACUGGGUUACUGCAGCCUAUUUCAACACCUAUUUAACUGUUUAAUGACUAAAAUGGAAAAACUGGAAAUUUAAGCUUGUUUUCUGAGUUUUCGCUCUGCUUGGUAUCUGUAUAAUGUUGAAAAGACUGCUGGUUCCUUUGAGUUCAAACACAUUUGACCCAAAACAAUCUCUUAAAACCUGAAAUAUUUAUCCUGUCUGUAUUUUGCUGAUAGAAAAGUACAUUUACCGCAGAUUUCAGUAGUGAAAACUAUAAUUCUAAGGAAAAUACUAUAACUUUAUUCAUAGAAAUGAUAUCAGCUAUAUAAAGGUGUUCCUAUAGUAUUUGUCAGUAUUAAAUCAUUUCCUAAAGCUUUGAAAUGUUUGAUAUUUUUAGGGUUAACCCCUGACUGUAGCUUAGCAUAAAGCUAAUCUGCUAUAGCUGCUGGUUGAUUUCAAAUUAACUUCCUUGUAAGCUAAAUCACCAAACCAACUUUUCUUUUCUUCUUUUUUAA